GUAGCAUUCAUUUCUCUCUUUCUUUCAAGAACUUGAACUUGUUAUUACGAAGCUGAGAAAAAAGUGAGAAUCAAAAUCAAUCAAUCAUGGCGGCGUGGACAGCAGUAGCUCGGCAAUCCAUGAACAUCGGACGCCUCUCCUCACCCAAAUCCGCUUCACUCGUUCAUCGCCGCGGCAUGGCUGGUUCCGCCGAUCCUCAUGGAACUCCAAAGGUGAACAUUUGGCAGGAUCCACUGUCUCCAUCUAAGUGGAAAGAAGAACAUUUUGUGAUUGCUUCUUUGACUGGAUGGACUUUACUCUUCUACAGUGGUUACAAGUUCUUCACUGGUGGCAAGAAGGAAGAGAAGGUUGCAGAACCAAGCAAGGCCUGAGAUUUUAAUAACAACUGCUAAGAAGUUGCUGUCCAGGUUGUGAUUUUUAUCUUUUGUGAAGAGAAGCCAGUUUUGGGCAAUUUUAUUAGUGUUGUUUGCAUAGCACUUAAAGUAUGGUUUAGGACUAAUUACAGCUUUUAGUUUUCUAUUGUUACUGUAUUAUUGUCUCUUGGUAAUAAGUUGUAACAUUUUGUGGGAUACAACCCCGGCUGCUGAUAAAUUAGCUUGCCGAAAUUGGUUUAUAAAACUUUCAACAACUUUUGUUCUUGCUUCCCUA